AUGAGUUCCUUUCUCACAACAGUAAACCAGCGGACACGCAACCAGUUCCGACCCCGAGCUCCCGGCCGCGGCGGCACGACGAGCCACCAGCUCCGCCAAUAUGCAGAAGCUACUCUCGGAGGUGGAAGCCUACGCAAAGUCGUCAAGCUACCCGAAGGCGAAGAUGAGAAUGAAUGGCUAGCUGUGAACAUGGUGGACUUUUACAACCAAAUCAACCUCCUCUAUGGCGCCAUUACCGAGUUCUGCUCCCCGCAGUCCUGCCCAGAGAUGAAGGCGACAGACGAAUUCGAGUACCUCUGGCAAGAUAGCGAGAACUACAAGCGGCCGACCAAGAUGUCUGCGCCGGCGUACAUCGAGCAGAUGAUGGGUUGGGUGCAGAGCAAUAUCGACAACGAACAGGUUCUCCCGAGCCGGAUCGGAGUACCGUUCCCCAAAUCCUUCCCCAGUCUCGUCCGCCAAAUAUUCAAGCGCAUGUACCGAGUUUACGCCCACAUCUACUGCCACCAUUACCCCGUCAUUCGCGAGCUUGGUCUGGAGCCCCACUUGAACACGAGCUUCAAGCAGUAUGUGCUCUUCAUUGAUGAGCAUAACCUCGCGAGUGGAAAGGACUUUUGGGGCCCGUUGGGAGAUUUGGUGGAUAGCAUGCUCAAGAGUGAUUGA